AUGGCACAGAAUCAACAGCAGAUGAUGUAUUACUAUGCCGUGGCACCCGUCCAGGCAGGGCACGUGGUGCAAAAUGAUGGUUCUAACAUGAACCAAGGGCAGAUGCAAGGCUACGACCACCAGAUGCAGAACUUUAACAUGGGAAACGACCAUGGUGGGUAUACCUACGUCAUGAACCAAGACGUCUCGCAAAUGGGCGUAAAUGUACAGCAGCAAAUGGCCCAGAUGCAGCCUACUAUGAUGGCGCCUGGCAACGGGUGCAUGCAGCAAAUGGUCCUUGUGCCUAUCAUGCCCGACCAGCAGCAGCCCCAACAGGGGAUGCAAAUGAUGGAUCCGAACAGCGGAUGUCAGGGGUGCCAGGCAUGUCAGCAGGGAUGCCAGGGAUGCCAGGGAGGCCAAGCCCCAGCUCCUGCUUGGGGCCAGGCCAACAUGGCCCAGUGCAGCUGCAACGGCUGCGGUCAUGGGCACAUGCCAGAUGCCCAGCGGGGCCAGCAGAUGCAGAUGCCGCAUUCCAGGCCUCACGAGGAUCGCCCACGUGAAGCGGGGCCGACCCAAGGGCCCACGGCUUUCGAUGGUAGCAUGCAGACGGCUUCCAUGCAAGCCCCAGGUCCGGCGGGUCCGGCGGGUCCGGCAGGUCCUACAGCGCCUACAGCUGCAGGCCCUGCAGCCGCUGGAAAAAAGAAGCUUUUAAACAAGAAGAUCGAUAAGACUGCCCCAGCCCCAGCCCCAGCCCCAGCCACGGCCGGUACAGCCGCCCUGGCUGGUGGUGCAGGCACGGCCACGGCAUCCAGCUCCCAGACAUCCACGGCUCUCAAUCCAGAGAGGCCAAAAGCUUCACCAGCUUCGGACACGACGCCCGCACCGAGCGCACCCCGCGAGUCUGGAACCGGAGCCACUGGAACUGCGGCUGCAGCCCCUGUGCAGCGUUACCAACCCACGCCAAUGCCAGCCAAGGCAAGUCAACUGUCGGUCCACCAGUUUGCCUCAUCAAUCAAAGCUUUGAACCUCGAGCCCAUGCGAACAGCAUCGGCUGCCAAGAAGAAUCAAAACCACAGAGAAGUGUAUUUCGACCCGGCCACGGCCAGGUUGCCCGAACCGCCAGCACAGCAAGAGGCCCAGUUACCAACCCAACCACCACAGCAGCAACCAGUUCCCAUAGCAGCGAAUCCUAUUUCUCCACAGCCAUCACCUUCUCCGGCACAGCCAGUGCAACCUAAAGCAUCUUCGCCACCGACGGCAUCUCCACCUCCCCUAAAGAAGGGUUUCAAGCUCGAAAACAAGAAGCUACCCGUGAAGGCGAAGCAAGCUGACGACGAAGCAAAAUCCGACGCUCCGAAGGAGACAAUCAAGGAUGCCCCGCCUGCGGUGGUGAAGGAGUCGGUGAUGCAAGCAGAGGCUAUAGCUCUGGAGCCUGCUGGGGCCUCUCAUGUCAACUUGACUCCAGUGAACAAGGUCUUUAGUCGUGAGCUGAUGCUGAGGAUUUGGCAGAUGCACAAGGGCGAGUUGCAUGGCGCAGUGGCAGAGUUAUCUGCCAGCGUUCGUCCUGGAGACAAGACUCCAGCGCUGGAGAGGAAGAAGUCUAUGAAGCGAGAGGAGGCACCUGAUCGAGCAAAUGUCUUCGGAACGGAGAUGAAGAACAAAGGUAGAAAAGAGACGCAGGUUCUGAAGCCCGGCGAGAAUGCUUACAAGGUAAAAGACAAGGCCAACGACCGCAUGGAGGAGCUGGAAAGACAUGCUCGCAGCUUGCUGAACAAGAUCUGUCCAGACAACCUGGCCAAGAUCGUCGACCAGCUGGCCAACAUAAAGCUCCACAAUGCCGAGGAACUGAAGCAUGUUAUUCAGAUCAUCUUCAAGAAGGCCUUGGCAGAGCCUCAUUACUGUGCUACUUAUGCGGACAUGGUAUAUGCCCUGAAGGCAAGAUACCCAGAGUUCCCACCAGAAAGUGAAGGGGAGAAGCCCGCCACCUUCACAAGGGUGCUGCUGAACAACUGCCAAAACGAGUUUGAGAACAUGCCAUCCACGUUCGAAGCCACGGACGAGGAACGAAUUAAGUUUCCCAAUGCGGAGGACCUCCAAUUAGAGCUGAAGCGGAAGAAGGACAUGAUGUUGGCCAACAUGAAGUUUAUUGGUCACUUGUUUCUGCGGCAGCUUUUGGCAGUGAAGGUCAUUGGGCAGGUGGUACACGACCUUAUCGGCAUCAAGGACGGCAACACUGUGCCAGAAGAGCACAUGAUUGAGUGUGUAUGCCAGCUGCUCGAGGCCAUCGGGCACACCCUCGAUGAGAACACGCACGGAGAAAGCUUGAUGAACUCCUUCCAGGCUCGGCUGAAGGAUUUGUCGAAGCAUCUCUCGAGCGACGGCAAGCAGGCAUUCUCCAAGCGCAUCCGCUUUGCAAUUGAAGACUUGCUAGACUUGCGGAAGAACAAGUGGCAAAAGAAAGUCUUCAAGGAGCAAGCCAUGAAAAUAAAUGAGGUCAAGGAGUCAGCCAAAGAUUCCGGAAAGACCUAUGGCGGAAAGCCAGGUCCCGAGGCUUGCUUCUCGACGCAUAUUGCUGGACAAAAGCCAUCAUACAUCGAUGCGAAGCAGCGAAAGAAUGACAGCUGA